AUGUUAUAUCGAUUCAAUAAUACAAUGAUCAAGAUCUUUUUGACUAUACUUUUGGCUAUAUGGGCUCUACAAAUUGAUGCACAAAAUGAUUCAAGCAUAGUUGUUGCUGCAAACACUACAGCAACUCCGUUACCUUAUACCAAUGCCACAGUAACAGAUGUAGUGACAGCCAAUAGCAGUACAACAGAAAUAACUCUUGGACCGACAAGUCUUACAUCUAAUACAACUGUCUUGGAAAACUCAACUAUGGCCACAAGUGUGUCAACAGACACAACAUUCUCGACAGAUGUAACUACAGUGUCAAAUACCUCGACAGAUUCAACAAUCAUUAUUGUAUUGACAAAUUCUACAGCCAUUAUUCCUACCGUGGAAAACUCAACAGGAACUACAGAUUCGUUUACAGAUACAACUGGGUUGACGAAUUUUACAAAUUCGAAUUUUUCAACAACAAUUGUAUCGAUUAAUGUUACUGGUAGUGUAGGUACAACAGUAACAACAAAAGUAACAACAGAAGCAACAACGGCAGCAACAACAGAAGCAACAACAGAAGCAACAACAGCAGCAACAACGGCUGCAACAACGGCAGCAACAACAGCUGCAACAACAACAAUACCUACCACUAUACGGACAACAACGAAUCAUGGUACUUUUUUUUAUCCGAAUAAUUUACUUUAUAUUCUUAUUAUUCUCUUGUUUGUUAUCUUUCAAAUAAAUAUAAUUUCUCUAUAG